AUGGCUUCGCAGCUGCGGGACGCGGCCCGGCACGGGGAUUUGAGGGCGCUGGAGCUGGUGCUGGGUAGCCCUGCGGAUCCCAACCAGGUGGACGAGCAUGGCUGGACCCCCAUGAUCAUGGCUGCGCACGCGGGCCAUGCGGAGGUGCUUCGGCUGCUGCACAGAGCAGCGGCCGAGCUGGAGCUCGCCACGCCCCACGGGCGCACGCCCCUCUUCGUGGCCUGCCAGCGGGGGAAUAGGGAUGCUGCGCAGGUGCUUUGCGAGCUGAGAGCUGACAUCGAGAAAGCAAGGAGUGGCGGGCAUACGCCGCUGCUGGCAGCCUGCCGCGAGGGGCAUGCAGAGGUGGCCCAGCUGCUUUGCGAGCAAGGUGCCGACAAGGAACGGGUGGCGCUGCAUGGCUGGACGCCCUUUCUCCUGGCCGCCCGUCAUGGGCACACUAGUGUCACCAAGGCGCGCAUGCGAGCCCUGAACUAG